AUGUCUGAAAGCAUAGAGCAUUGUUCUUCUUUUGUCACUACUGAAGAUAACAAUGUAAGAAUUUUUAAAACACCCACUCAGCCUUUUCUUCCUAAAAUAUAUUAUAAUUCUGGAGGUGAUAAAGAGUAUAUGCCAUGUUGUUCUUUUGAAAACAAACCUUUUGUUGGAAUGAUAUUUGAUACCCUUCAAGAUGGUAUUGCCUUUUAUUACAAAUAUGCUAAUGAGUGUGGAUUUAAAGUCCGUUCUAGUACUACUAAAUCACAAAAGAAUAAGAAUGAUCCUACUGGUAAAGGAGUUACUAUAAUUAAAUAUUUAUUAUGUAGCAAAGAAGGGUAUGUGACAAAUAACAAGAAAUCUGGUAAACAAGUUGAAGGUGCUUGUUUAAAGAGAAAGAUUGUGAAGAGAGUUGGUUGUCCUGCUAAGAUAAAAUUUAGGUUUUGUACUGGUGGACAGUAUAUGGUGUAUUGUUUUUAUGAAUCUCAUUCUCACCCUUUUUCUACUCCUAUUACUAGGCAGGUUACUAAACAUGAAGUUGGUUUAAAUUUUGCUCAUAAGAAGUUUAUUUUUGACAACUCAAAGUUAAAUAUAGGGGUUGUUAUGUCUUAUAGGAUCAUGAAAGAACUUUGUGGUGGGUUUCAAAAUGUCAGGGGCAGUAAAAAUGAUUUCAAAAAUUUUUCUAGGGACUUGAAAGUUUAUAUCUCUAAUGUUGAUGGUGUAAUGUUUGUUCAGAACCUUAAACAAAAAGUGAAAAUCAGUAGUGGGGGUUAUUAUUUUGAUUACUGUGUUGAUGAAAGUAGGCAUUUGACCCGUGUCUUUUGGGCUGAUGUUAUUGGUAGAAGAGAUUAUCAAUUAUUUAAGGACUAUUUAUCUUUUGAUUCUACCUAUGAUACAAAUAAAUAUUCAUUGGUUUUCUGUCCUUUUACUGGUGUUGAUAAUCACAAGAGAUGUGUUACAUUUUGUGCUGCUUUAUUAUCUAAAGAAGACAUAGAUUUUUUUGUGUGGCUAUUUCAAACUUUUUUGAAGUGUAUGGGAAGAGAACCCUCUUGUAUUAUCACUGAUUAA